UUAAUAAAGUUUUUCUACCUUGAAUUUCUCCUUUCCACACGCCGGCAAUCAUGGCGGAGUACGAUCUUACCACGAAAAUUGCCCAUUUCUUGGACCGGCAUCUGGUUUUUCCCCUUCUCGAAUUUUUAUCAGUCAAGGAGAUUUACAAUGAGAAAGAACUUCUACAAGGGAAGCUGGACCUGCUUAGUGAUACCAACAUGGUUGACUUUGCUAUGGAUGUAUACAAGAACCUAUAUGCUGACAAGGAAAUCCCUCUUGCUUUGAGGGAGAAGAGGACCACUGUGGUUGCACAACUUAAACAACUUCAAGCAGAAACUGAACCAAUAGUGAAGAUGUUUGAAGAUCCUGAAACCACUCGGCAAAUGCAAUCUACAAGAGAUGGGCGUAUGCUGUUUGACCACCUAGCUGAAAAACAUGGGUUCAGACAAGAAUACCUGGAUACUCUUUACAGAUAUGCCAAAUUUCAGUAUGAAUGUGGUAACUACUCCGGAGCAGCUGAGUACUUAUACUUUUUCAGAGUGUUGGUUCCAUCUACAGACCGAAAUGCUCUUAGUUCUCUGUGGGGAAAAUUGGCAUCAGAAAUUCUCAUGCAGAAUUGGGAUGCAGCCAUGGAAGAUCUUACAAGAUUAAAGGAAACUAUAGAUAACAAUUCUGUCAGCUCACCACUCCAAUCACUCCAGCAUCGAACCUGGCUAAUACAUUGGUCUCUGUUUGUUUUCUUCAACCAUCCCAAAGGCCGAGACAAUAUUAUUGAUCUUUUUCUGUACCAGCCCCAGUAUCUGAAUAGCAUUCAGACUAUGUGCCCACAUAUCCUUCGCUAUUUAACUACAGCAGUCAUCACCAACAAAGAUGUUAGAAAACGGAGACAAGUGCUCAAAGAUUUGGUCAAGGUUAUCCAACAGGAAUCAUAUACUUACAAAGACCCUAUCACAGAGUUUGUGGAGUGCUUAUAUGUCAACUUUGAUUUUGAUGGUGCCCAGAAAAAAUUGAGAGAGUGCGAAUCUGUAAGUUACUAAGAUGAAAGUAAAGUU